AUGAAAGGCACAAUGAUUUUAUUUAGUUUUUAUAAAGGUCUUGUACCAUUAUGUCUUCGACAAAUUCCAUAUACGAUAGUGAAAUUUGCAUGUUUUGAAGGUACCAUUGAAGCACUUAAUAAUUAUAUAAAACGUAAACCACGUGAACAACGUACAAAAACUGAAGAACUUGCUAUAGCAUUUAUUGCUGGUUAUAUAGCUCGUAUAUUUUGUGCUAUUAUUAGUCAUCCAGCUGAUAAAAUCGUAUCAAAAUUGAAUAAUAAAAAAGGUCUUAGUGUAUUCGUUGCUAUAUGA